AUGCCAAUUACAGUAGAAUCAGUUGUUGAUUCAAUAAUACCUUAUUUGACUAAAUGGUAUUCUGUUGUUACAAUCGCUGGGAUUGUUUAUAUAUUAGCUAUAAAUUUAUCAAACUAUAUAAAUGCUAAAAGAUUAGGUUGUGAAAAUCCAGAAUAUUUAAAAACAGCUGGCUGGACUGGUGUUUUUACAUUAAUGGAAGUUGUUAAAGCUAAAAAUGCAGGCAGAUUAGCAGAUUAUGGUGAUGAUACUUUUAAAGAAUAUCCAAAUAAUACAUUUUAUUUAACUAUUGUUGGUGUUUUAAAAAUUGUUUUUACAGUUGAUCCAGAAAAUAUUAAAGCAGUUUUGGCUACGCAAUUUAAUGAUUUUUCUUUAGGUACAAGACAUGCGCAUUUUAAACCUUUAUUAGGAGAUGGUAUUUUUACAUUAGAUGGAGAAGGUUGGAAACAUUCAAGAUCAAUGUUAAGACCUCAAUUUGCUAGAGAACAAAUUGCUCAUGUUAAAUCAUUAGAACCUCAUAUUCAAAUUUUAGCAAAACAUAUUAAAUUGAAUAAAGGUAAAACUUUUGAUUUACAAGAAUUAUUUUUUAGAUUUACUGUUGAUACAGCAACUGAAUUUUUAUUUGGAGAAUCUGUUCAUUCAUUAUAUGAUGAAAAAUUAGGUAUUAGACCACCAAAUGAAAUUCCUGGUAGAGAAAAUUUUGCUCAAGCUUUUAAUAUUUCACAACAUUAUUUAGCUACAAGAUCUUAUUCACAAAUGUUUUAUUGGUUAACUAAUAAUAAAGAAUUUAGAGAAUGUAAUGCAAAAGUUCAUUAUUUAGCAAAAUAUUUUGUUGAUAAAGCAUUAAGUUUAAGUCCUGAAGAAUUAGAAAAAGCAAGUGGUUAUAUCUUUUUAUAUGAAUUGGUCAAAAUUACAAGAAAUCCAAAAGUUUUACAAGAUCAAUUAUUAAAUAUUAUGGUUGCUGGUAGAGAUACUACUGCAGGUUUAUUAUCAUUUGCAAUGUUUGAAUUAGCAAGAAAUCCUGAAAUGUGGGCUAAAUUAAGACAUGAAAUUGUUUCAGAAUUUGGUGAAGGUGAAGAUGCAAGAGUUGAAGAUUUAACAUUUGAAAAUCUUAAAAAAUGUAAAUAUUUGAAAGCUGUUUUAGAUGAAACUUUAAGAUUAUAUCCAUCAGUUCCAAUUAAUUUUAGAACUUCAACUAAAAAUACUACAUUACCAAGAGGUGGUGGUAAAGAUGGUAAUAAACCAAUUUAUGUUCCAAAAGGUUCAACUGUUGCUUAUACUGUUUAUAAAACUCAUAGAUUAGAAGAAUAUUAUGGUAAAGAUUCUUAUGAUUUUAAACCUGAAAGAUGGGAAAAUAUAAAAAGAUUAGGUUGGGCUUAUGUUCCUUUCAAUGGUGGUCCAAGAAUUUGUUUAGGUCAACAAUUUGCAUUAACUGAAGCAUCUUAUGUUAUUGCAAGAUUAGCUCAAAUUUUCCCAACUUUAAAAAGUAAAGAUGAACAAUAUCCACCACAAAAAUUAAUUCAUUUAACAAUGUCACAUUUUAAUGGUGUUUUUGUUGAAAUGGAAUAA